UUCCCUCCGUCUGCAUGUGAAGAAGAAAAUAAGCUGUUGUUGACUUUCUCUUCAUCCGUUUAACUUCCUUUCCACCCAGUGAUCUACUUUCAGCCUCCCUCUCUGUCCUCACCCUCCUCCCUCUUCCUCAGUGUUCAUUCAGCAACUCAAAGAGCGUCACACACACACACACACGCACACACACACACACACACACACUCGGCAGUGACUCUCAGACAGUGAAUAUUAGCCGUCUGACCAGCAGCUGUUUCUGGUCGCUGUGCAGAGCUCCACUCUGCAGCAGCCUGCCGCUCUUUGCUGUGUGUUUUCAGGGAUCAGAGGACAGCGUGUGAUCUGUGGAUGUUCAUUUCUCUGGGAGGACUUUAACUCGCCACCGCUCGUCUUCCUCAUUUCCUCUUUUUUUUUUUUUUUUGUUCAUGAUUAUAGCGCUCUGUCCCUCUCCCUCUUUUCCUUCCAUUUCCCUCUCUCUGUCAUUCUCUCAGCGCUUCAUUCUAAUUUUGGAAGCAUGGAACCUCGGGGAGCACUCUCCCAAAGCUAUUUACGUCCUCGCCUCUCCUCCUCUUCUUCCUCCUCCUCCUCCUCCUCCUCCUCCUCUCCUCUCCCUCUCCAGGAGGAGAACAGCAUGAGGAUCCUUUGAUGCAAGCGAGCAGGGGAAUUCUGCUUCUCCUCUCCUCUGUAUUUGUGUUGUGUUGUUAGCUGCGGGUGGUGGUGGUGGAGAGGCUGCAGCGAGCGAGCGCUCCUCAGCAUAUGGAAAUGCACAGGCUGAUCACGGCGAUGUGAUUUCAUCAAUUACCUCCUGGUCUCCGUCUUCGCUCGUCCAGUUUGUUUGUGAAAGAGUCAGAGAGGUGUUCAGUGCACCAGAGGAAACUUUUUUCUUCCGUCUGCAGCAGAGCGCUCUGCGUGGAUCAGGACUCCAGGUGAUGGAGGCGACCGACCACAGAGUCACAUUUCAGGUCACUGCAAAGUCUGGAUUUCCUAAAUUUGACUCCUAAAGCUGCACGUCUUUUUUGAGUUUGAUUCCUGAAGCCGAGCAGAGGGGGAGAUUUGUGCAAGCUGCGUCUGAGCCGUCUGAACAUUAGAGGAGAAGAUUUUGUCCCAAGUGUCAGUGACUGGUCAUCGCAGCACAAACGGAGCAGCCAAACAGCAGACGCUCCGGGAAAAGGUAGAAGGUCCCUGCAAGAAUCUGCAGCUGAAACAGGACAUCUCUGCUGGAUUACACAAUAAAAGCACAGAGGAGUUUUCUGCAUUUUCUCUUUGAUGGAAUUUAUGAUCAUUUUUUAAUCAGUUUAAAGAACAGAAGCACAGAAAAGCUUUUAAAGUUGAAGAGCAUCUUUCAGUGUCUGCCCCCCCCACACCUGUCCCCGGCAACUUGAAUCCUAAACUGAGCCAUGCUGACAUCGGGGGAGAAGAAUUGACUGGUGUCUGUUUGUGACAAAAGAGAGCGCUGCCUCUUGUCUUGGCAUGCUGUUACAUCCCACAGUGUCAGGAUUGUGCGCCAUGUUGCAGACCAUCUAUGAGACUGAGUCCUGUUUCUCCUCCACCAGCACAGACAGCCACCACCAGCCUCUGGAGCUCCUGAGCGGCAACAGGGGCUCCAGCACCGCCAUGCCCACCGCCGUGGAGGUGAAGAGCAGCCUCCCGUCGGGGAUGCAGAGUCCCGUAGGAACAGCCAGCGAGCAGCGAGGAGGAGGCGGGGAAGGAGGUGGGGGUCCAGGUGAAGGCCCAGGAGGAGGAGGUGGAGGAGGAGGCCCAGUAGAUCUGCGGACUGAGCCCAGGGUGGGCUCUCUGUCUGCGGGGGUGGCGGCGGUGGACACAGCCAUGAGGGAGCAGCAGCUCCAGCAGGAGCUCGUUCUGCUCAAACAGCAGCAGGAGCUCCAGAAACAGCUGCUGUUCGCCGAGUUCCAGAAGAAACACGAAGUGCUGACAAGACAGCACGAAGUCCAGCUGCAGGAGCACCUGAAGGUAGGCCGACAGGUGUCCGCUCACCGUACCUGGCUUCAGCUUCCUGCUCUGGUGGUCAGCUCGGUAACAUGUGUGUGUUUGAAGCAACAACAGGAGCUGCUGGCGGCGAAGAGGCAGCAGGAGCUGGAGCAGAAGAGGAAACUGGAGCAACAGAGACAUGAAGAGCAGGAGAAGCAUCGACUGGAGCAACAGCUGCUGCUGCUGAGGAACAAGGAGAAAGGCAAAGAGAGUGCCAUCGCCAGUACGGAGGUGAAACUGAAGCUGCAGGAGUUCCUUCUCAAUAAGAAAGAGCCCGGCAUCGGUGGACUGAACCAUUCCUUCUCCCCAAAGUGCUGGGGUGCCCAGCACACCUCCCUGGAGCAGGGCUCUCCUCCGCAGAGUAACACCCCAGGAACUCCUCCCUCCUACAAACUGCCCCCACUGCUGGGGAACUACGAGGGCAAAGACGACUUCCCGCUCCGCAAGACAGUCUCAGAGCCCAACCUGAAGGUGCGAUCACGGUUGAAGCAAAAGGUGGCGGAGAGGCGGAGCUCCCCACUCCUCCGCAGGAAGGACGGGACCGUCAUCAGCACCUUUAAGAAGAGAGCCAUAGAGAUAUCAGUCUCGUCUCUGUGUAACAGCGCUCCAGGUUCAGGUCCCAGCAGUCCCAACAGCUCCAACACGGCUAUCGCCAACGGCAACACGGGGUCGGUCCCCAACAUACAGACUGAGCUGAGGUCUCUGCACCAGACGCUGGGGGCUGAUGGGACAUUGAGUCCUCUGAAUCUCUACACCUCGCCCUCGCUGCCCAACAUCUCCCUGGGCCUCCCAGCCAACACACACAUCACGCCCCCUCAAAAGCUGUCCACCCAGCAGGAGGCCGAGCGUCAAGCUAUCCAAUCACUGCGAGGGGGCGGAGCUCUAACAGGGAAGUUCCUCUCCACGUCCUCCCUACCUGCAGGGGUGGGGCAUGAGGUGGAGACUCCGCCCCCCAGCUCUCACUCCGCCCAUUCCUCAUUAUUACAACAUGUUCUACUGCUGGAGCAGGCCCGACAGCAGACAGCCAUGCUCGCUGUCCCCAUGUACAGCCAGUCGCCGCUGGUUACGGCAGAGAGAGGCGUGUCCGGCGGCAUGCGGGCGGUCAACAAGUUGCCUCGCCAUCGGCCGCUGGCUCGGACCCAGAGUGCACCUCUGCCGCAGUCGCCACAGGCGCUGCAGCAGCUGGUGGUGCAGCAGCAGCACCAGCACUUCCUGGAGAAACACUACAAGAUGCUGUCGAAGGGGGCGGAGCUUCCCAGGCCGCCGCCCACCCACCCAGAGGAGACAGAGGAGGAGCUGACAGAGACCAAUGACAUGCAGGAGGACGAUGAGGGGGCGGGGCUCCACAGGCUCCAGAAGGAGGGAUCAGACGACAGCACGCCGUCCUCCGAGCAGCUCGCCGUGCACCUGAAGGGCGAGGAGGAGCACGGGAACAUGCACGUGAAAGGGGAGAGCACGGAGAGCGAGCUGGACGAAGAGGAGGAGGAGGAUGACGUGGUCCAGCUGAGGGAGGGGGAUGAAGAGGAGAGUGGGAGCUACUCACAGGCCUUGCAGCAGCUGGGUGUGUUCCAGUCCUCGCUGCCCCACAGACCUCUGGGACGAGCUCAGUCCUCCCCCGCCACGGCUACCGUCAAUCCCAUCAAACACCUCUUCACCACCGGGCUCGUCUACGACAGUCUGAUGUUGAAGCAUCAGUGUGUUUGUGGCAACGCUCACAUCCACCCGGAGCAUGCUGGGAGAGUGCAGAGCAUCUGGUCCAGACUGCAGGAGACGGGCCUACUGGGCCGCUGCGAGAGGAUUCGGGGGCGUAAGGCGUCUCUGGAUGAGAUCCAGUCGGUCCAUUCAGAGUUCCACACUCUGCUGUACGGAACCAGUCCGCUCAACAGACACAAGCUGGACCACAAGAAGCUGCUGGGUCCAAUCAGCCAGAAGAUGUACGCUGUUCUUCCCUGUGGAGGAAUCGGGGUGGACAGUGACACCGUGUGGAAUGAGAUGCACUCAUCAGCGGCGGUCCGCAUGGCAGUCGGCUCCGUCAUCGAGCUGGCCUUCAGAGUGGCUGCAGGCGAGCUGAAGAACGGCUUCGCUGUGGUUCGUCCACCAGGUCACCACGCUGAGGAGUCCACCGCCAUGGGGUUCUGUUUCUUUAAUUCAGUCGCCAUCACUGCCAAACUGCUGCAACAGAAACUGGGAGUGGGCAAGAUCCUCAUUGUGGACUGGGACAUUCACCAUGGCAACGGCACCCAGCAGGCCUUCUACAGCGACCCAAACGUCCUCUACAUCUCCCUCCAUCGCUAUGACGACGGGAACUUCUUCCCUGGCAGCGGAGCUCCUGAGGAGGUGGGCUCAGGUGCAGGUGUUGGUUUCAAUGUGAACAUCGCGUGGACUGGAGGAGUGGAGCCACCUAUGGGUGAUGUGGAGUACCUCACUGCCUUCAGGACCAUAGUGAUGCCUGUCGCCCAGCAGUUCAGUCCAGACGUGGUCCUGGUGUCUGCGGGCUUCGACGCCGUGGAGGGUCAUCAGUCUCCUCUGGGAGGAUACAACGUCUCCGCCAAGUGUUUCAGUCAGCUGACGCAGCUGCUGAUGGGUCUGGCGGGCGGGCGCGUUGUCAUGGCGCUGGAGGGAGGUCAUGACCUCACAGCCAUCUGUGACGCAUCAGAGGCCUGCGUCUCUGCGCUCCUGGGAGACCCGUGUGACGCUGUGUUUCAGAGGCCGCAGGAGAAGCCGUGUCCCAAAGCUCGGGCCUCGUUAGAGAGAGUCAUCGAGAUCCAGAGUAAACACUGGUCCUGUCUCCAGACUUUGUCCCAGACGAGCGGACAGUCACUGUUGGACGACCCCAUCAGCGCUCAGGGCCAAUCAGAGAAGGAGGAGGCGGAGACAGUCAGCGCCAUGGCGUCCCUCAGUGUUGAUGUCGAGCCGCCGGGCGCGGAUCCUGACGACACAGAAACCAGCAGGUCCACGGAGGAGCCGAUGGAGGAGGAGCCUGUGUUGUAGGAGGAGCUUUAACCAGAACCACACAAGAACUCCACAUUCACCUUCUGCUGGCACCUCCUCUUCCUUGUCCUUUUCCUCUUCCUCCACAAACACAGAGUGGAGGUGUGCCGCUGUGGAGGACUCUGAUUGGCUGAGGAGGACAUUAUGGAGGCAGGAGGAGGUGGGGACUGUGACAAACAGAGACGCAUCUCUUUUCUACUCGACCCGAGGAGGAGCGGACGACUUGUUGGCAUCUCCAUGGAAACCAGAGGAGGAAGGGUCAUACGUCAGCACCUGUACACAGCUUCAUCACACACCUGUCUGUCCCGACUCCUCUGUUUCCACAGCGGGACGAUGACCUGUCAAAAUGCCAGACGCCAAGUGGACGACUUGUCCUCUUGUCUGUCUGUGCGUCCGUCUGUCAGAGACAGGCCGAGCGAGGAGUUUGACAAUGAACAGAGGAGGAGGAGGAGGAACUAGGUGCCUUUUUUUAACGAAAAACAAAACCGUCCGAUCCACAAAACGCCACCGCCACAGCACCUCAGCAACCAACCAGCCAAUCAGGACUGAAGAAACACACUGAUGUGCACACACACACACACACACACACACACACACACACACUGCUGUCGGUCAGUUCAUCUUUGAGUCUUUGUUUCUUCGUCUGGAUGCCUUAAUUUGUUCUCAUGUCACUCGUCAGCGCCCCGACAGAGACGGCGAGGGGAGAACUGCCAUGUAACCACACAUCCAUCAAAGCUCCUCCCAUCAGACUUUAAAGCCAUCAGAACACGCCGGGACGUCCCGCAAAGUCUCCGCUGAAUAUGAACGUCACUUUAAUAAUGAUAUUCAGCCAGACUCUGUGGGCGCUGGCGCGAGUGUCUCAGGAUCAGGCCCGUCUCAGCAUCUUCAUCACGUCAACCAACCCUCCGUCACUCCUCUCCCUCACUCACUCAGUCAUGUGACCUGAGCCCCGCCCCUUCCUGUAAAGGGGAUUGUGGGAUUGUGGCACGUUUUUGAAACACCACAGCGACCACCACGCCCCUCCUUCCUUUCUUUCUUUGUUUUUUUAUUUGGUGUAAAUACUGUUUCCUGUCGUGUCCACGGCGCCGUCACAGCAGACUCACUUUUCUAUCUCUGUACAUACGUCUAUGUAAAAAACACAAAAUCUCUUUUUGUAUAAAAAAGAAAAAAUCAUAUUCUAUAUAUAAAUAUAAAUAUAUAUAUAUGUAAACAUUGUUUUAUCCAAUCAGAUUGGAGUUCUGAAUAUAUUCUAUUUGGAGAUUUGAUGUUUUAAAGGUUUGAGCUGUUUGACAGGAAGUAAGCACACGGUCUGAGGUCGUCGGACCGCCACCUGUUUGUUUGUUUGUUUGUUUGUUUGUUAACAGAUGUUGAGGGUGGCUGGAUGAUGUCAUCGUAGUGGUGGUUGUUGUUGUUGGAGGUGAGCGGCGAGCUCCAGUUCCUCUGGCAGGACCAGUGCUGCCCUCCGCAGGCAAACAGCAGCGACUACAGAAAGGCAGGUUAUCCAAGGUCAAAGGUCACGACUCGGUAAAUAGGCUGGUCCAGUGAUGAUGCGUUUUUGUAGUCCAACAGCCUCGACCGCUGAACUACACGAAGCUGUUACAGAGACGGAGUUAAAAAUACAAACCCACCAGAUGGACGUCUCUCGGUUCAGGAGAAACGGGGUGACUCAGAGGAAGUUUGCCUUCCAUCCUGUGAAUUCAUUUCUUCAUCGUUCUUGCUGAAACAAACUUUUGAUCCACUUGUCGUUCACGGUUCACUGUUCCUGGAUCAGAGCUAACGAACCGCUCUGCGUACAUUUUGAUAGUGUGUUUUUUUUCCAGGAUUCAGGUGCAAAUGACAAAAACUCAGAUAUUCUCUAUGAUUAGUAAAUCACAAAUUUUCAAUAGAAUCAGAAAUACUCUAAAAUUAACGUCACAAAUUGAUGAUAAAAUUCCUUGAAAAUUAUCUAAGAUUAUUAGAUCACAAAUUUACAAAAUACGUCAGAAAUUCUCUCAGAUUAAAGUUGCAAAUUUAAAAAAAAACCCACAAAAGUCAGAAAUUUACAGAAAAAUCAGAAAUUCUCUAAAAUGUACGUCAAAUUUUUACGAUAAAAAAAAUACUGAAUAUUUUGUAAGAUUAUUACGUUGCAAAUCUUAAAAAAAAAAAAAAUAGAAUUUCUCAAAAAUGAAAGUCACCAAUUUACCAUAAAAAAACCCUAGUGUGCUAAUAGUAAUGAAAUCACGUCUGACCUGAAUGUAAAAGUUUGUUCAAGCUUCUGACGAGUCGACCAAAACUCCAAACCAACGACUGUAUGUAAAGAUGGCCGACACGUCUCCACUUCCUCCUACUGUGCAAACACUGAGGCCAAAGUAUCGCAGAUACGGCUGCGGCCAUCUUGUAUCAAAUUCCCGCCCAUACAGCCGCACAACCAACGGCUGUUUGUCCCCUUAAAGCACAGCUUUAGAGACGUGACGUGUUCUCCAGCGUCACUUUUCACAAAGAAUUCCCAGUCAAGGCCGUUAGCGACUGUUCUCUGUUGGAAGCCUCAGAACUGGACCACUCUAUUGCUCACAUCUACAGAAACUCAGCAGAGCGACAUCAGUCAGCGAACUCUGCCGACACACUCUUCAAACCUCACAAACGUCCGUCUCCCAGGAGCCUGUAGCUGCCGCUGCUACCUCUGGGUCUCAUCUGUUCAAAGCAAUACAACACUGACAGGACAGCAGUGACUGGACCGACAGCGUCCAGCCUUCAGCAGGCAGCGUCACAGCACCACAUCAUCAUGGAGCUUUUAAAGGUGCGGGUGAGCGCUCUGUGUGUGUGUGUGUGUGUGUGUGUGUGUUACCUGUCAGGUGGAUGGACAGAGGAUUGAUUGAUUGAUUGAUUUAUUGAGCUCAGUGUCGUCUUUUUGUACUGAUGUAAACACUAAGGCCAUUUUGUCCAUCAUACCAGCAGUCAGUGAACGCAGUGCCUCAGGCUGGGGGGGGCGGGGAGGGGGCGGGGUUACGGCGAUGACACAAAAAUUUACAUGGGAGGAACAAAACAAACAGCUGGAGUGGGACGAACAAGCAGCAACUACCAGGAUUUUAUCAGCUGUGUUUAAAUGUACGGAACAUCAACUGAGUUAAUAUUAAAUAAAUAAAUACAUGAAUAAAUUCUUUUUUUUUAAAUUUCCAGAAAUAAAUUAUGUUUUUCAAAAGAAACCUUUUUUAUUUAUUACGGAGGACUUUUACCUCCUGAUGUCACAUUUAUCUCUCAGCUCUUUUAAUAACAGGUUGUGAUUCAGUUCAGUUCUGGUGCUGUUGUUUUGGUUUGAUUUUAUUGUUCAGACCGAAGUAAAUAUUUAUUUAAAUAAAUCAGAUGGAAAUAAAUGUGGAAUUAGGAAAUAAAAGUCCCUUAAAAUAAGUAAUAGUCUUUUGGCAAAUGAUAUCCUAUGUAUGUAUUUAUUUAUUUAUUUAUUGAAUUACAUUGACUCAUUUAUAUAUUUUUUGCUUCAUUAUUUAUUUAUUUCACAGCCAUGUUCAUUUAUUUAAUAGGAAUAAUUGUGCAUUUAUUUAUUUAAUUUUUACUUAAAUUGAAUUCCAUAUUAAACAGGCACCAACGAAUUCAAUUAAAAUGAACUAAAAUUAAAUUGUCGGUUGAAUAAUUUGGUCUUUUUUCUCUCACUGCGGCAGCAGCUAGUGGCCAUUAGAGGAACUGCAGUGUAAAAUAUACAGCUGUUAUCAUAACUCUGGUUUAUCACAACUUGGGCCCUAUUUUUCCAAAAGUCAAAAUUAGUUUUUUUAAGACAGAUGGAAUCAUUUUCAAAAUUCACAUGUUUUUAUCCAAUAAAAUAUUCUUCUUUCAUUCAUAUUUAUUGGCAUUCAGCAUUAAUAAUAAUAAUAAUUAAAAAAAACAUUUUCCCUGCAGUCAGAAAACUGUUCAUCAAAAAAAACUUUAUGGUUAGACAGGAAGUGGUGAGCAGAAGGGUUUUCAGUUGGUUGCAAUCUUCAACUUCACCACUAGAUGCCACUCUUCAAAAAGUCAUUGUUGUUGCCAAGACAAUUAAUGUUAAAAAAUGAUUUAAUUGGUUAAAUCAUUUUAUUUAAAUUGAGGAUUUUGUCUGAAUAUUUUUAUUUCUUUUUUUUUGUUUGUGGGGGGUGAUGACGUCUUGAAAUACGACAGACGUUCAAAGCUUCCUUUGAAAACCUUUACAAAAGCUUGUGUCCGGCCGUAGUUGCUGCUUGUUCAGUUUGGUUGGGGUUUUUUUUCGGAGACAAACUGGAGUUCAGCACGUAGAGGAGCGUCUGCACCAGCACAGUGAAAACUCUGAAACAUGAACAGUGCUGACAGUCUGAUGAUGAUGUUGAUGAUGAAUGUCCUCCUCAGUCCAGAGGCUGCGCAGCAUCACUGUUGCUUCCACCCACGCACACACUGAGGUGAAGCGCACACUUUGACACACACACACAGACUAUUUUGCUACAUGAGUUAAUACUGUAUAUUUCUUGAUAUGUUUGAUACUGUGGUGUAAAUGUAGUGUCCUGCUAUGACGCGGUGUCGGGGGUGGGGUGUGGGGGGGUAUUUUUGGACUCUUGGUGCGACAGAGGAGGUUCACUGUCACCUUCUCUCUCCGUCUCUUUUACCUCCGUCUCUUUUCGAGGGGGGACCUUCCUUCUCUCACCUUUCUCUCAUCCAGCUCGUGACUGAAAACUCGGAAAACGCCGUUUUGGUUGGAACUGAUCACAAGCACAUUCCUGACUCUUCUCUGUCCGUGCUGUCGUUUUCUCCAGAUUCUUUCCUGUUGCGACGAAACAACAUGUGUCUAGAUCUUGCAGACUCACAUGUAUAUAAAGUGCAUAUAUGUGUACACAUGUGCAAUACACGCUAUUCGAGCAAUCUAUUACUGUGACUAUUAUUGAUGAUGAUACUUCAGCCUGUUUUUUCUUCUCGUCCUGAUUUCCUGUUGAUGAAUUGUGUUGCAGGAGCUUAAAAAGGGAAGAAGGUGACUCUUGUGAUUCUUCACACUCAAUUUAAUUUCAGGGGUUUGUGGACAUUUUAAUGAAGCCCUUUUUUUUUAUUACUCUCACUGUAAUGUUGUGACGUUGAUCCUGAUUAUCUGUUUCUUUGUUUUUUUUUUUAAGUGGGCCUGUUGUUAAACUUGUCUGGAAACUCAAUAAAGCAAUUCACUGAC